AAGUCGCGCUACGGAAACGGAAACGCGUCAACAAACCACACUCCCCUUUGCCACUUCCGAUUCUUAAUAAUUCAAGCGACGCAUCUUUUCUGUCCUGACCUAGACCUGUUUUAGUUCGAUACAACCAUUCAAACCCUUUGAAUCUUCACUACUUCACGAGCUUGUGCCUCCCGAAAAGCGAUAAGACUGCCAAAAUGACGCAGGUUGAGGAUGACUACGAUGAGAGCGCCAAUGCGGAUGAGAGCGGCGGGGCUGGUCCAGGAGCACCUACGCCUCUGACUGCUUUGGAGGGCGUUGGAGGCCUAACAAAGAGGGAUAUUCAACUGGUCAUGGAAGGUGGAUACAACACCGUAGAGUCUGUCGCCUACACACCCAGGCGGAUGUUGGAGCAAAUCAAAGGAAUCUCGGAACAAAAGGCAGGAAAGAUUCUCGCAGAAGCAUCCAAACUUGUACCUAUGGGCUUCACAACGGCGACUGAGAUGCACCAGCGCAGAAGUGAGCUGAUAUCGAUCACGACUGGUUCGAAGAACCUCGAUACCAUGCUGGGUGGAGGUAUCGAGACCGGCUCUGUCACGGAGCUCUUUGGAGAGUUCCGUACAGGAAAAUCACAGAUUUGCCACACGCUUGCCGUGACAUGCCAGUUGCCCUUUGAUAUGGGCGGCGGAGAGGGCAAAUGUCUAUACAUCGACACCGAGGGCACAUUCCGGCCCGUUCGACUGCUCGCCGUGGCCAACCGCUUUGGAUUGUCGGGCGAGGAGGUGCUCGACAACGUUGCCUACGCACGCGCGUACAACUCCGACCAUCAGCUUCAGCUUCUGAACCAGGCUUCGGCCAUGAUGUGCGAAACGCGCUUCAGUCUCCUUAUUGUGGAUUCUGCCACCGCACUGUACCGUACCGACUUCCUUGGUCGUGGAGAGCUGAGCAGUCGGCAGACUCAUCUAGCAAAGUUCAUGCGGCAGCUGCAGAGGCUGGCGGAUGAGUUUGGUAUUGCAGUUGUCAUCUCAAAUCAGGUUGUUGCACAGGUCGAUGGUGGUCCCUCGGCCAUGUUCAACCCUGAUCCCAAGAAACCCAUAGGCGGUAACAUCAUCGCUCACGCCAGCACUACCAGACUGAGUCUGAAGAAGGGUCGCGGCGAGACCAGAAUCGCCAAAAUUUAUGACAGUCCAUGUCUACCAGAGAGUGACUGUCUAUUCGCCAUCAAUGAGGACGGCAUUGGUGACCCUUCGCCGAAGGAUGUCGAGAAGAUGAACAACUGAAGUGUUCGAAUAUUUUUUUUCAUGAACCUUUGUCUUUUUUACUGUUUACAAGGCGCUUGACUGGAACUUGACCGACGAAGACAGGGCUAUGACGUGAAUUGGGAUUAUCAGGGGUGUUACUUACUAGUUGCUUGGCGGUGUCUUUGGUUCAUUUUUGCAUCUGGCCUGGUGUUUGACGGCGUAUUACAAUUUAUGGACGUAACAGUGGACUUUGCUACUGUCAUCGUAGUUGAUUGAGCUUGUAUAUUUGGCUUUUUGAAGCACCAUAUUAAAAAAAAAGCAUUCAGUUUUCGUGUGGAAUUUGUCAUGCGAUGGCGAGCCUGAAUAUGUAACCAUAUUAAUUUUCUCAUGAAAAAUGAUCCUAACC